CAAGGAAAGGUUAACGUUUUGGUAAAAAUCCAACUUUGAUUAUCCUACAAACUGAUCUGUUAGGUUGCUGUGCUAGUUGUUGAACGUACUAACUGGUAACUUUUAGAAGCGAAACUGAAACAUCACAACAAGGGAGUGUCCACAUUAUGCUGGUCCCUGUCCCAGAUCACAAGACGCUAUAGCAGGGAGCCAGACAGAACAAGUCUGGCUGAAACUUUAUUUUUUAUUCCUAGCAUAUGGCAUCAGGCAGUGAAAAAAAGUUGGUAGGCCUGAAAGGAGAGACAGUUUGCCGAAAUUUGAAGCCAUUAGACGAUGGGCCAACGCAGCACAUCUAAUCUAAGGAUCUAGGCUUUGAGUCCAUCUCCCUGCUUGUCCCGAUGAGGUGGAGAAAUGGCACUACCCCACCGUCACGUGGUUUUGGAGGAGGGGGACAAUGGGAACACAUCUCUGUUGCUGAAACCUUAGGGACUGAUUUCCUGAAGCAACUGUUUAUUCUAGAUCCUGAGUUGGAAGGGGCAGCCACAAACGGCCCCCCCGCCCUUCUUCCGGCGCCCCCUCUGCUUUGCCCCCAAUCCUCUGUCCCCUGUCAGAACGGGGAGGAAUGCGUCUCUCAGGAGUACCUCUGCGAUGGCAAACGGGACUGUCAGGAUGGCUCGGAUGAAGGGAACUGUUCCCACUUCUGCAACAGACCAGGAGUCUUCCAGUGUCUGAACAGAAACCAGUGCAUUGAGGGCAAGUACCACUGCGACGGGGCUCAGCAGUGCUCUGAUGGGUCCGAUGAGCUGGACUGCUGGGAGCCCACUGAAGAUUGUUCUUUGCGUUGUGACAACAAGACCCGCUGUAUCCCUAAGAGCUGGCUGUGUGAUGGCAACCCAGACUGUUCUGACAGGAAAGACGAACAAGGAUGUAUUCAUGCAAAAUGCAGCACACCUGAAUUUCGAUGCAAGAGCGGCCAGUGCAUAUCUAAUUUUCUGCGCUGUGAUGGCAAUCAAGACUGCCUGGACCACUCCGACGAAGAGGGCUGUCCUGUUGAUUUGCCUCCGCGGUGCCCGUCAGGGGAGGUGAGGUGCCGGAGGAGUGGAGAGUGUGUGUCAGCAGAGUGGCUAUGUGACCGUGACGUAGACUGUGAAGAUGGAACCGACGAGAAGGUAGUGUACCCUUCUUCAGAAAAAACAGACUCCUCGGGGCACCUGUGUGGCUCAGUGUCGCUGACGGAGCCACUGUCUCCGCAGGACUGUGACCCCGAGGAGCUUCGCUGUGGCUCCAGGCAGUGGUCCUGUGCCAGCGGGGAGCGGUGCGUGCCUGACGCGUGGCGCUGUGACGGGCAGAGAGACUGCGGGGACGGCAGUGACGAGGCUGGGUGCCCCCCCGAGAAGUGCCAGAGUUCUGAGUUCCAGUGCGGCUCCCGUGCCUGCCUCGACCUCCGCCUGGUGUGUGACGGGAAGGAGCACUGUCCCGAUGGCUCCGACGAAGGCGGACAGUGCGCGUGGCCAGCAUGCAGCCGAGCGCGGUGUUCCCACGCCUGCUACCAGUCCCCGCACGGGCCUGUGUGUGCUUGUGAGCGAGGCUUUGAGCUGGAGAGCAGCGGCCAAGUCUGCAAGGACGUGGAUGAGUGCCAGAAGCCAGGUGGUCAGCCUUGCAGUCAGACCUGUGUCAACACCGAGGGCUCCUAUGGCUGCACCUGUCACCCUGGCUACUCCCUGGAGCCUGAUGGCCAUACCUGUAAAGCAGCAGGUACCGAACCAAUCCUGCUUGUGGCAAUUCAGUUCAGCCUACUCCUCUAUGGCUUGAGGAGCUUGAAGGAAGAUAUUCUGGCAACCGUAGACAAGAACAUGAUGAUUUUCUCUAUUGACUAUGACUUAGUGGGGCAGAAGGUCUUCUGGACGGAUGUCGGUACGGAAAGUAUUAAGUGGAUAAGUAUGGACACCAAGAAGAAAGGGACCAUGGUGAAAGGGAUAAGGUCAGACUGUAUAGUGGUCGACUGGAUCGGAAGGAAUCUGUACUGGGUGGAUGGGACGGCUGGCCAGAUUUUGGCAAUUCGGCUGACUGCCGUCUGGAGAGGAAAAUCUGAGCACACGAUUGUCCUGGAUGAUGACGUGACUCAACCACAGUCUUUGGCUUUAGAUCCCCUAAACGGGUUAAUGUACUGGUCUGAAAUCGGAGGAGAACCUCAAAUAGAACAAGCCGGGAUGGAUGGUAGCAGCAGAAAAGUACUCAUCGAUCAAGGUCUUGGCUCGCCAACCAGCAUAGCGCUUGACCAGUUUAGCUGGAAGAUAUUCUGGUCUGAUGACAAAUUUCACUGUAUUGGCUCUGCUAAUCUAGAUGGCACUGGUAUUACUAUGCUGCAGCUAACUCGAAUCAAGAGCCCCUUUUCAGUCGCUGUGUUUGAAGAUGAAGUCUUCUGGUCUGAGAUGAAGACGAGAACUGUACAACGCAUGAAGAAGACAACAGGCAAGGACAGGGCUGUCCUCAUCAAGCGUUCUGAACAGCCGUAUGGACUCAAGAUCAUGCAUGAAGUGCUCCAGCCCAAGUCUACCAAUCCUUGUCUGGACGCUGGAUGUUCUCACUUGUGCCUUCUGAGCCCACGCCCCAAGGGAAGCUGUCGUUGCCCAGUUGGACUCCUGCUCGCAGACGAUGGCACCACCUGCGUUCCACUCGAGGAGUCUGCAUUUAUGUUCCUUGUGUUGCCCACAGUUAUCAUGCAGAUUUAUCUGAAAAAUCUAGAAGCGUUACUAGGACAGCCAACUUUACCAGAACAUAGGAUACUUCCCUUUGCCACUGUGAACCAGCUUGCAUCCUUGGACUACCUAGUCCAAGAAAAGGCUCUCUACCUUUCAGAGUUGGAUAAUGGUGAUAUCAGGCUACUGAGGCUCAAAGAAUCUGGAAAACUCUCUUGGAGGAAAAUCCUAUCCGUGGAGGGGACCGUGAUCGACUUUGCUGUGGACUGGUUGAGUGGAAACAUAUAUUGGAUUGACAGUGAGAAUCCCCACAUCAAUGUAGCUUCCUCAGAAGGUCAGUGUCCCACUGUCCUGUUCAGUGAAAACCUCUACCAUCCUGCCUCUGUUGUGCUCCACCCACCCUCUGCAGUCAUGUGCUUUGUGGACCUGGGUUCCCAGGAGGAUGGUGGGCGUGGGUCCAGGAUUGAAUGUGCCUCCAUGGACGGCAGCAGGAGGAAGAUUCUGUGGCAGAAAUCCCAGGUCCCUGCAGGCCUGACCUUUUCGGAUUCGGGGACCCGAGUGUACUGGGCUGACACUGGGAGAGGACUCAUAGAAAGUAUUCAACAAGAUGGCUCUAGAUACAGAGUAGACCGCAGAGGAAUCGAGGGCCUUAACCUCUUUACAUAUGGCCAAGGCAUGAUGUUCUGGACAACAGUUGAUGAUGCCCAAAUCACUAAGGUUUGGUACAGCAAGGCAGAACUUUCUGAAAACCGGUGGUUCCAAACAGACCAGAAGAUUGUGGAUUUAAAAGUUUCCAGCAAACUUAGUCAACAGGGUAGUAACAGCUGCUCAAAGGACAACGGAGGGUGCAGCCAUAUCUGUUUGCCAAACCCUGAAGGACCGACUUGUAAAUGUCCCAGUGGGUACUACUUGGCUAACAUAAGCAGAUGUGUUAAAGCUGUUCAGUGCUCUGAGCCAUCACAAUCCUGUCAGGAUGGUCAGAAGUGCAUUUCCAUGAAGCAAGUUUGUGACGGUCAUGUUGACUGUCUGGAUGGAUCUGAUGAAAUGGGCUGUACCUAUCCAGAUAAAACCCAUUCAGCACCAACAUCGAAAAAUGCAGAGGCCGGUAAAAGGUGGACCCUAAAAGCUGAGCUACCUCUCCAAGCUACUGAGUCUCCCAAGGCUAGAUAUCCGGGGCCAGAAGGGAUGAAUUAUCCUCUCAGAAAAACACCCAUCCCUCCAAUUUCUGCUAGAGAAAGCAAGACCUCAGAGACCAAGGGAAGAGGCGAGCCUGUUCAUCCCAAGGACUCACAGAGGGCAAAACAUCUGCCGUGUAGCACCGACUACUGUAAUGGGCGGGGAGUCUGUACGGUGGUAGGAGAGCUGAGAAAGUGCAGCUGUCUGAUGGAAUAUGGUGGAGAGUUCUGUGAAGAGCCAGCACGUGGACCCGCCCCUGGCCACAUCGCCCUCGGCGUAACCAUUGCCUUAUCAGUUGUCCUGGUAGCUCUGGGAGCAUUUGUUUAUUUCAGAAGAGAACACAAAUUAAAAAGAAAUAGUGCAGCAGCAUCAAGAAAUAUGACCCACCAUAAUGAAAAUGGCCAAGAAGAGGAAAAUCUAAUGAAUAGUGAGACUUUUGUCAAUGAAGCCUAUGACGAGCAGGAACUGUUAACUUUACAAACUGACUAACCUGAUGAAUACAGGAGCUGGAACAUCUCAAUAAAAAUGGUUUAUACAUUG